UGACAGCACUGUGUAGUCUGGGAUCAGAGCGGGCAGCGCCAGAUCGCCGAGCAGACCCCGGAACGAACCCCGGAGCCUCUGGUCCCCAGCAGCUUAUAGCUGUUCGCCUGUCCGGCCCGUGUGAUCUCGGGAGCCGCAGAGAGUUUACCUAUCUUGAAGGCACGUGAUCAGGACCAAAAGUUCUCAUUCCCCUGCUGCCCACGUCUGUACCCAGUCCAUCCAUGAACCCUCCAGAGGUGCCCGCACAAACAGAGAUGGUGGAACUGGUGCCCAAUGGCAAACACGUGGAAGGACUCUGCCCUGUGGCUUUGCCCGCUAUAGGAGUUGAAAAGUGUGAGGGUGGAAGACCCAGCCAUGGGGAAGCAGAGGGAUUCCUUCCCCAAAACGUCAGCAAAGAAACACACUUCACAGAUUUUGAAGGGAAAACUUCGUUUGGAAUGUCUGUGUUUAACCUGAGCAACGCCAUCAUGGGCAGCGGCAUUCUGGGGCUGGCAUAUGCCAUGGCCAACACCGGCAUCUUGCUCUUCCUAUUCCUCCUCACCUGUGUGGCUCUCCUCUCUAGCUACUCCAUCCACUUGCUGCUCAAGUCCUCAGGGAUUGUAGGUAUCCGGGCCUAUGAGCAGCUGGGCUUCCGGGCCUUUGGGACACCAGGGAAGCUGAUGGCAGCGAUAGCUAUCACCCUCCAGAACAUCGGAGCCAUGUCCAGUUACCUGUACAUCGUGAAGUCUGAAGUGCCCCUGGUCAUACAAGCCUUCCUCAAUGUACCCGAGCAAACCUCGGUUUGGUACGUGAAUGGGAACUACCUGGUGAUCUUGGUCUCAGUCACCAUCAUCCUUCCCUUGGCUCUGAUGAGGCAGCUGGGAUACCUGGGCUAUUCCAGCGGCUUCUCUCUCAGCUGCAUGGUGUUCUUCCUGAUUGCAGUCAUCUACAAGAAGUUCCAGAUCCCAUGUCCACUCUCUGCCUUCCCUUCCAACGUGACGGGCAAUAGCAGCCACGUGCAAAUCAUCAUGAAGGAGUCCUUGGGUGGGGACCCUCUCAUCCAGGUCUCCAACACUGAGACCUGUUCUCCCAGUUUCUUUACCCUCAACACACAGACAGCAUACACCAUCCCCAUCAUGGCCUUCGCCUUUGUCUGUCACCCAGAGGUGCUGCCCAUCUACACGGAGCUCAGGGACCCCACUAAGCAGAAGAUGCAACACAUAUCCAACUUGUCUAUUGCCGUCAUGUAUGUGAUGUACUUCAUGGCUGCCCUCUUUGGCUACCUCACCUUCUAUGAUCGGGUGGAGUCGGAGCUCUUGCACACUUACAACUAUGUGGACCCCUUUGAUGUGCUGAUCCUGUGUGUCCGUGUGGCGGUGCUCACAGCUGUCACCCUCACUGUCCCCAUUGUCCUUUUCCCGGUCCGGAGGGCGAUCCAGCAGAUGCUGUUCCAAGGCAAAGAGUUCAGCUGGCUCCGGCACAUACUCAUCGCUGUCAUUCUGCUUACCUUCAUCAACCUCCUGGUUAUCUUUGCCCCCAACAUCCUGGGCAUCUUUGGAAUCAUCGGCGCCACCUCUGCACCCUGCCUGAUCUUUAUCUUUCCAGCCAUCUUCUAUAUCCGAAUUGUGCCCAAGGAUAAGGAGCCACUGAAGUCCAUCCCCAAAAUAUUGGCCAUAUGCUUCGCAGGGUUAGGGGUUCUCCUGAUGGUCAUGAGUUUAAGCUUUAUAAUCAUUGACUGGAUCUCUGGGAAGAGCAAGAUCGGCGGCAACCACUAGAACCCAGCGUGGCCUGGAGUCACCCGUCACCCACCCACCUGUGCCAUUGCCUGCCAGGACUGCUAAGCUGCCCGGGCCCUAGGCUGGUGGGGGGAGGAGGAAGGGAGGACAUUUUUCACUCAAUGUGCGUUUUUGUCUUUAAUUAUUAUUAUCCCUGUUGAGGAUCUUUUUUUUUUUUUUAAAGGGGGUGGAGAACCAGGCCUUACCUGGGAUAGAGCUGGAAAGGCUGGUACAUUGGGUUCCUUCCCUGAGGGCAUGGAGGCCUCAGAGGCCGGGCCUUGGGCAUCCUUCAUCUUCCCUCCUGGGGUCUGGGGAGGACUAACAUCUCUUAGGAUACCCUCCCGAUUGUCUCCACCACUCACUGCUCCCCUGGAGGGGCGGGGCUGAUGGGGGACAAUUCUGCUGAGAGGAUCCAGGGAGCCUUCAGUGAGAGUGGUCAGAUUCUCCUCAUCCUCCUGAGUCCCUGGGUCCCCAGGCCUCCUCUCUUGUCUGCUGGACAAAGGCAUCUUCUCCCUGUCGCCAUGUCCCCCCUUCCAUGUAGGGUCUAGAAACCAAUUUGCAGGGGAUGGAAGGGAGAUGAUUCAUGUUCAGAGAUUUUUUUCCUGGCCCUGUUUGCUUCUCACUGGGGCUGAGGAGACUCUUAUCUGCAAGAUCCAGAGCUUCAGUCCUUGGUAGACAGAGCUAGGAAAAGGCUAGUCACCUCCAGCCAACGCCCCAUGCAGAAAGUUGGGAGGAAAUUGUGUUUCCAUCUCCUCUGGGAAGAGGCUGAGUCAGAGUUCACCUUAUCCCCUCCUCCCCUCAGUGACACCACUGGUGGUAACACCACUGGUAAGGGAAUUCCCUGGGAUGGGAAAGACUUACUGUUCUCAGACAGGCAAGGGAGAAGUGAGGGAUGGAGGACACUGUGGGAGAUGAGCCCCCUUUAUAGGCAAGGGCAGGCCCUGCCUCUAGGGGCUGCAUCCUACACUGAUCCCAACCUUCCAUUUCCCCAAGGGGCCCAUCUGUGCUCUUCCUGGGGGCAGAGGGCUUGGCCUGCCACAGCGAUCCCCUGAGCCUUGAUGGUGGGGCCUGGAGACCCUUGCCAGGGCUUCCUCUGGCUCCCCCUUGCCAGUCUCACAUAAACUGUUUCUCCCUCCCCUGCCCUGGUCCCAGUUCAGGAAAGUUGUGCUCUCUGCCAUACCUGAGCAAGGCUAGGUAAACCAGGACCUUAACUGGCUUCAGAGGCUCAAGGGCCCAUCCUAAUUUGGCUCUCCUGGGCCUGGGGGAUGGGAACAGACCAGGACCCUGGCAGACCCCCCCACACCAAUCAGCCUGUUGUGUCAUCUUGCCAAUAUGCCACUUCUGACUGCUUGGCACCUUAUGAUCGGGAGUGGGGGGAAGGGAAGGGAUGCCACUGACCUGAGGGUCUGUAACUAGCCCGGCUGUGGCGGUAAGGUACUAGGGGUGACAGUGAGACAAAGGCUUUCUGAGAAAUCCUCGCGCCUGUAUUCUGAGAUGUGUCUGGGCCACCUGGUACCCAAGUAAUAGACAUCCCUGAGUAUAGGCAAGACAAGAAAGCAGCAGAGAGCAGGUCCUGGUGCCCAGAUGCAGGAGGCCCCAGCGGAGGCUGUGGAGUCUGAGAAACAGCGAGAAUUUUGAGUUCUCAAAGCUGCCACUCCCCCCUCCCCCUGACACACACACACACACACACACACUUCCCAUUCUGGGUCUAUUCCAUCCUGGGAGUGAGAACACCCUGCCUGGUCUUAAGCCGGGAGGUGGGAAGAUGAGAGAGCGCCUGGUGCCAACCCCUUCCAAAUGUGUCGGAAGCAGUAUGGAGAGAGGAAUAGCCUUCAGGGUGGGAGUUGGCAGCCUUAGGCCGGAAGCCCCCUUCCCUCCCACCUCCCCAAUCCCUGAGGGAGGGGAGUGAGGAGUGGGCUGGGUAGACGUGAGGUGCAUUUCUCUUGAGUUCAGGACUAGCCUUGUGAGCCAAGCUCUGGCUUCUGAGAGACUCAGGCCGGAGAGAAGCCUCCCCAACAGGGAGGUGGGAAAUGUUGGGGGGAGUGGGGUGAACUCCCUCACCGCCCCUCCCCCAGGCCUCCAGAAGGCCUGAGACUCAGCGAUUUGGGCUCCCUGCUGAGCAGGCUGGGAGGGGGACCAGUCCCCUCUUGCAGGUUGUAUUUACAAUCCUCUAUCCGAGGAAGCUCCAAGCCUGGAAACACUGAAAUCUGGCCCCCACUGACACACCACAGACCUUCUUAAGAACAAUAAAAGUUGGUGAAAACUCA